AAAACAUAUUCAAUCGAGAAAUUGACGAAUUGACGUCCAGGUGUUAGCAGCGACAGUUAGCCGGUAGCUUCUGUGGUGAGCUUAGCAUUUACCUUCCGUUUCAAGUAACUCGUAGCUCCCGUUAGCCGUUAGCACGUAGCUUCCUUUAUCUCCCUUGGGUCGUCAGGUUCGGGCGGUCAUUCUCCUCCGUUCGCCACCACCUGACCUGUGUAGUCUCGUAGCUGUUAGCAUUGGUUAGCUGGUUACUAUAGCUUCGAUUAGCUGCUGUAUGGCCCGCAGUUGACUUGUAGGUGUUAGCACACGUUGGCCGCUAGGUUCUAUUAGCCGCCGUUUGACCCAUACGUACGUAUCAGCCGGUAGCGUUUGUUAGCAGCUGUUGGUUGACCGUGUUACAUGUUUUGCUGUUAGCGCCCGUUGCCGGUAGCCUCGAUUAGCAGCAGUUUGAGCCGCAGUACUUUUAGCUCCCGUUAGCCCUCGUUAGAACUCAAGGGCAGUGGAGCGUCGUUUUGACACAACACUUUUGACAUAUUCAAGUGUUUUUCUUUUAAACCACUUAGUUGCUAAUUUAACCUCGUAGCUGAAGAUGCCUCUGCCUAAGAAACUGAUGAAGGGCGUGAUCAUGGUGGAGCUGCUGGGCGUCUGUGGAGCGUACGCUCUCUUUCACAAAAUGAACAACAGUCGAGAUUUCAGAAACACCAUGAAUACGAAGUUCCCUUCGAUUCUUGAAGUUUACUACCAGUCCAAUGAGUGGGCGGGGAUUCACGGAAUCCGAGAGCGAGACGUUGAAGUGUGGUCGGCCAAACACGACUGAAGGCGUCUGUUUGUAAAAAAGUUCACACUCGUGAUGAUGAUGAACUACUUCCUCCUCUUCUUGUUGUUGUUGUUCCCGAGCGUCUUGCCUCCUGCCUUGCCUCUGGCGAACGUCGGCCUCCUCUUGUUGAACGCCGUCUUCUUCUUGCGCAGCGUCUUGACGUCACGGCCCUGGAUCCAGUCGUCGCGCUGAGACUCCCACUUCAGCUGCUUCACACCUGAGAGAGAGCGAGCGAGCGAGAGGACGUUGCACAACUUUCCGCACGUUUUGUAGAAACAACUAUGUGUAAAACUACGUGUAAACAUUUACGCCAGAAGUCUGAACUUGGGAGUGACGUCACAAACAACAAACAACAAGUCUACGACUAAUAAAAGUAAAAUGUGUACGACUGAUUUGACACUUUUCCACUUGGCCUUGAUUGGCUUUUUGCAAUUUUUUCCACUUAGGUUGAAACUUAAAUUAAUGAGGAUCGUCGCAUGGAAAAUAAGAUUUCACAACUUUGCAACCACGUUUUUACUGAAUAUUAAAUAUUUAAAUGUAUAGUUGCUGGUGUCCAAUAAACUCCACUCAAAACAA